AUGAAAUCCCCUGCCAGUGGUUCCAGUUCCAAAAGUAAAAGACCUUAUUAUUUGACAGAAUUCAUGCAAUUUGCGCUUCCCUUCAUAAGAGCAUUGGGUACGCCAGUUGGAAAUUUAUCUGAUUGCCCUCAACAAAGUCCAACUGAGCUAGCACAAGAUUCUGAAGAUCAGACACAAAAUGAAGUAUACAAUGACGAAGAAAAUGAAGAUUUUCAACUAUCACAUGUAGAUAACGAUCUGUCACCACCAAACUGUCCUACCCAACUACCUUCAUGUCCAAUACAAGUACAACAAGACAAUGUUUCUAAUAAAAAAUCGUUAAGUGACACAUAUAAAAUACCUCCAACUCCGAGGAAAGGAAAAUUUCAGAAGCGAGCAAAUACUGAUGUAGACAAAUCCUUUAUGGAAUACUUAAAUAUGAAAAAAAAAAAAAAAUAG